AUGGAGCCUACCGCUGUGACAAAUAACGGACUACAAUUGGAGUCACAAAUGAAAUCACCCCAUCAGACCUCAUCACCAAGGCAUUGUGGCGCAGAUAUUUCCCCUCCAAAUCAAGGGCAAAGCAAAGGUCACGAAUCCAGAGGUCAACGAUCUAGCAACACUCAUCUACUCUUCAGUCGGUAUGAAAAGCUGUCCAAGAUAGGCGAGGGCGCCUAUGGCAUGGUGUUUAAGUGUCUGGACACCCAGACAGGCGAUAUGGUGGCUGUGAAACGCUUCAAUGCUUCGGAUGACGAUCCCUUGGUGAAGAAGAUUGCUCUUCGAGAGAUUAAGAUGCUUAAGAGGUUGAAACAUCCCAACUUAGUGAAUUUGAUUGAGGUAUUUCGAAGGAAAAAGAAAUUACACCUGGUCUUCCAGUACAUUGAUCACAGUCUCCUUCACGAGCUGGACAGUAAUGGUCCAAAUGGUAUUGAUAGAGACAAAAUCGUGAGGAUCACUUGGCAAAUUCUUCUGGGUAUCAAUUUUUGUCAUCAGUCCAACUGUAUUCACAGAGAUAUAAAACCGGAGAACAUUCUUAUCAAUGCACAGGGCGAAGUCAAAUUGUGCGACUUUGGAUUCGCCAGAUUCAUAGCUGACGCGGGAGAUACCUACACUGAUUAUGUGGCAACACGGUGGUAUCGUUCUCCGGAGCUUUUGGUAGGAGACAAGCACUAUGGACCUCCAGUGGAUAUUUGGGCUGUGGGCUGCGUUUUUGCAGAAAUGCUCACCCGUUUGCCCCUGUGGCCAGGCCGGUCAGACCUCGAUCAAAUCUACCUUAUUACAAAAAAUCUUGGAGCCACUGGAGGUUAG